UUUUCGUUUCUCGCCGAAAACUGACUCGAUGUUGUUAUAGUCAUUAGAUUAAAGAAAAUGGCAGGCUUAGAGGUGUUAUAUACUUGCGUCGCUGGCAGCAUUAGCUGUCCACAGGACGCCAUUGUGUGUUUCGUUCACUGGGACAUGAUAAAGAGUGGAUACAGGUGCAUCGGGUCGGGAGACGAGCCCCGCAACAGUGAUAAGAAGUCAGAGCUGCUGCCCGCUGACUGGAGCAGCAACAAGGAAUUGUACAGUUUGCGAUAUAAAGCCAAAGACGGUGACACCCAGCUGCUGCUCAAAGCCAUCGCUGUCGACUCCACCUUGAUCUUCAACCUGAUGAACUGCAGCACCCAGCAGGUGUCAGACUUGACGGUGAACAUCAGCGAUCACGUGGAUGCUGACCAGUUGCACACGUUUGACAGCGUGUUCAAAGAUGCAGACAGUUUGUCAGAGAAGGUGAGGACUCAGCUGCUGCCCUCCCAGGACAGGCCGACAGGACAGAGGGCAGAGAUGAAGAGUCGGAGGGUGGAGGAGGAGGAGCAGAGACGAAGAGGAGAGGACAGCGACCCCCUCCGCAUCCCCAGCAGAAAUCCUCGGCAGGGAGCACCGCCACACUGGCCCGACCCCAUGCUUCCUCCGUUCGAAGCCGGAGGAGCAGACCUGGAUCCCUUCGGGUCUCGCGGCGGCGGCGGGAUGAUAGUCGACCCGUUGAGGUCGGGGUAUCCUCGCUCUGGUUUUGACCCCUCUAGCGGCAUCCCAGACAUUCUGCCUCCCGGAGCUGUUCCCCCGGGGGCUCGCUUUGACCCGUUUGGACCAAUCGGACGACGCAGACCAGGGCCGGAUCCAGACCACAUGCCCCCGCCUGGCUAUGAUGACAUGUUCAUGUAGUGCCCAGCAGCGUUUCCUGCGUUUCUACUUCCUGUUUGCUGCGUCCUGUCCUCCAGCCAAUCGGAGCCAGAGGCAAAGUUCUUCACCUCUCUGAGGGUCGUUGGGUUUGAUCUGGUUGCGUCGCCCCAGAAUAAAAUGUUUGCCUUUUUAUUUCCUCCUGUUUGUAAGAGAGUUUGUUUUCUAAUAUUGUUCAUUUCAUAUAACUAAUGUGUGUACGUAGACGCGCCCGACUCUCUGUGUCAGCUGCAGAUCAGCAAGUCGUGAGCUGAAGUUUGCAAUAACAGAAGUCCCGAUGUCAAAGGACUUUAGAAGAAAAGCUGAUUUAUUUUGGACAGUUAAAAAUCUGUCAGACAGAUGGAGACACUCGCACGGGACUACGCCGACUGGUUACUCAUUCAUCAUGAACUCGUGUGUGUUUACCACCAUCUGAAGGUCUGUUCAUGAAUAUUUAAGCUUUGUGAUUGUGAAGCUGUGAGGUAACAGCCUGCAGGGAGCGGUCCUUCCUUUCUCUGCCUCCUCACUGAUACAAGAGACACAGUCAAGAUUCUUAUCAUCCCAUUAAACUGCAUCUUGUAGUAAUUUAUUCAUACAAAGUUCUUGUAUUUCUGUUGUGGAUACAUUAGAAAAGCUUGAAAUAUGGUUCUUUACAGGGUUUGUUUGGAUUAAACAGCUGGGUUGAUGAAAAUAUUUCAUGCCAAAAAAAAACUAAUAAAAGUCUGACUUUG